AGGAAACUGUGCGUUUAUGUAGCUUGACAAAUGUUUCGUCCUGUCUGGCAAGCCGCAGAGUGAAUAGGGUGGGUGGACGAGAAGCUCAGACCAGCCUUUUAGUGGAGGAUAGAAGGUGCAUCUUUUUCGUCUUUUUCAUUGAAAAAAAAAGAAGAAAGCGGAUAAAAGAGCGAGACUGGAUGGAGUUCCACUUUGUUUGCUCAUCGAAUCUGGCACACGUAUGUGAUCCUGGAAAUAACCCAAGUGUAUGUAAAUGAAGUAAAGUGAUUAAGUGGAGAAUUUAAAAAGUACUUAACGAGAGAGCGGUCUCUUUUUUUUUAAUCGAUGAGGAUUCCACUCACAAUCAAAAGUCACUUGUAAAACUUUUGCACGAUAAUGGCCCAUCAUCAAGAUUAAAUUUGGGAACAAACAAACGAGAAGCAAUUUGGACAAUUACGUGAUCGAGGCGAGCAUGGCUAUCAACACGGACUGCGACUUCCUCAAGUCCAACCUUGGUGAGGGCGGUGGUAGAGGAGGCGAAGCCGGCGCCCAGCUGACUGACUUCCAAGAGACCGAGAAGCUACUGGCCGUCACCAGCGAGCCCGCGAGCCAAGGGCUCAAAAUGUCCUCAUCCUUCUCCAUCAACAUGGACCACAACCAGGCCAUGGGGCCGGAGGCGGACCGCAACGGCCACGGGAUGAACGUCCGAUCGGGCUCCGCGGGGCAGCUGACCGCCGCCGCGCCCCUCUCACCGUCCAAAGUCAGCCUGAGCCGCUCGUCCACCGGCAACGCCACGGUGCAGGAAAGCCCCCAGCCCCGAGACUACCUGAUCCUCGUCAUCGUCUCCUGCUUCUUCCCCGUGUGGCCCGUCAGCAUCGUGGCCCUCGUCUACUCCAUUAUGUCCAGAAACAGUCUCCAGGCAGGGGACGUGGACGGGGCCCGACGGCUGGGUCGACUGGCUCGUCUGCUCAGCAUCGUCUCCAUCGUGCUGGGUGUGGUCGCCAUCAUUGUAUUUGUCUCACUUUCAGCAAUCAACUGACAUGAACGGCAUGACAUGGAAACAAACCAGCCGUGAAGGAUGCAACACCCAAAAAGCCCACCCUACUCCCCCCCAAAAAAGAGAAAUAUUGAGCUCCUGUACAUAUACAUAAAAGACGAUACAACACCUAUCUACUUCUACCACAUUAUAAUUAUGCCAUCAUGACCUUCAGAAAUCCAACCCUCACCCGACGGGUAUUGCUGCAGCAAGCAGCCCGACAUCCAAAAUGCAUGCAUUGGACUCCACUCACAUUUGCUUGACAUAUAAGAACGAUACGAACCUGAUGCAACGCCGAGGACGAAGAUUUUCCAAGAUGUCUGGAUUUGAAAAUUGCUUUUGGAAUACAACUGCGAAACGGAGUGGAUGAGUUGAGCACAGACGACUUUUUCUACAUCUGCGGGAUGCUUGAUCACUUUUUCUGUUUGGACGUCCACGUUUGGACCGCGCCCAUGUAACCCUCAUAUAUUCCUGCUGUGCCGAAGGCCUACACGGCUAAAACAUGAAUACCUUUGAGGUGAACAUUUGCGAACAUGAUGGUAAUGUCAAGCUGGGACAGCGGAAAAAUCGAAUGAAAUAGGGACGGGAUACAUUUGGAAUGUUUUGUUGUCUUUCACUAUUUCUUUUCAACAGUGAGCAUACUUGCAUGACUGAAUGUGGACGUUGAAAUUCUGCCUGUGCAUUACUGACUCUUUACCAGUCCAAAAGAAUGAAAUUAGGUGUAAACAAUAGGUGAGGUGUGAAGACUGAGUUGUAACUCUGACGCAUCCAUCUUAACCUUUGCAAAAUAUUAUCAACGUGACAAAUACACCAACGCACAUGUUGGGUGCACUCAUUGCGAACGUUUUGCUCCAAGUUCUUCACCUUGUGCCCUUAACCUGUUUACGAGAACGGCCGCUCUAUUUGUCCAACAUCAUCACUGCUACGUUGGGCUACAGUUACAAUUGUUUUUCAUCUGUUUUUUUCUGCUCUUUGUAUAGGGAUGAAAUGUAUAUGGAAGGCAAUAUAUGCAAUAUUUAUGCAUGUUGUAUGAUUUAUUUUUGUAAGAGAUGUUACUCAGUUUAUUUGAAGCUCAACAUCCAAAUUGAACAUAAUGUAUGCACUGCAAACACACAAACACACACACGCUUAACAAGUACGAAUAAGCAUAGGUUGAAACUUUGGUACACAAAGAUUGUUCACGCUCUCUCUGCAGGAAAAAUGUGUUGCUUAGAAAUCAUACACAACUAUGCAACUACAUAUCCCGGCUACGUUACCACUUUCAAGCAUAUUUUUCAUCCAACAUCCAGAGGCAGCCUUAUCCAAUGAUUGGCUUUAUUUAGUACAAACCUAAAAAAAACAUUAACAUUGGAAGUGAAAGCAUUUACCAAGAUUAGACUGAAUUUGGUCAGCUGGUUUAUUUCUUUUUUUUUAAGCCUUGUUAUCCCUAGGCUGGUGCAACAAGCAUCUCUGAUUUGUGGUGGACAUUUUGCAUGUUUGGAAUAAAUGUUAGCAUGCAUGGCUGAUGUUUUUGUCUCGGCGUUGUUUUGUAAGGUCGAAACCGUUUAAAUGCUUUAAAUACACUUUUCUGCUCUCGUGGAAUGGAAGUGAUGAGAUGUUUAUGGUAACAUUAAAUUUGCAGUGGCUGAU